UCUUAUUCUUGUUCCUGCGGCGGCCAACAUGGCGGCUGACGCGGAUGAGUGUGACUAUUUUGUGAGGGAAAUUGAAAAAAACGACGCUUGUACCCUGAAGGUGAAGCAGUGUUACUUGGGAGACGUCGGCUGUGUUGUUUGGGACGCAGCCAUCGUUCUUGCAAAAUAUUUAGAGACGAAACAAUUUUACGAGCCGUCCUCAAGAGUGAACGUGUGGGCUGACAGGAGGGUGCUGGAGCUCGGAGCUGGGACGGGAGCUGUGGGUCUGAUGGCAGCAGCACUGGGAGCUCAUGUUACUGUGACAGACCUGGAGGAUUUGCAGACUCUGCUGAGGCUGAACAUUCAGGAAAACAAGGCACUUAUCGAUAGUGGAUCAAUUACUGCCAAGGUACUGAAAUGGGGUGAAGAUGUGUCUGACUUCUUGCCUCCCCCACAUUAUAUCCUUAUGGCAGAUUGCAUCUAUUAUGAGCAGUCUAUUGUUCCUCUGGUGGAGAGCUUGAAGCUGCUCUCUGGACCGGAGACCUGCAUCAUCUGCUGCUAUGAGCAACGCACAGAGGGCAUCAACCCAAAAGUGGAAAGGCAGUUUUUUGAGCUGCUGCAAAAGACUUCAUUUGUGAGGAGGUCCCUGCAGACAAGCAAGACCCCGAGUUCAGCAGUCCAGACAUCCACAUCUUGCACAUCAGAAGAAAUGUCUGAGUUUGUAUGGUGAAAUGUGUGCAUACGUUAGUAAUCCACCUUCAAACUACAUGAACAGUAGAAUAUUUAAAGGCUGUAAUGGCAAGUGUUGACUGUAUGUUUUAUCUUUUUUCUGCAUUUAUGUAAACAAGUUUUCCAAAAUAUAUACAUAUAUUUCUGAUAAAUAUACUUGAACACUG